GGGCGAGGCGAGCGCCCCUCCGCGUGCGCAGGUCGGGACGGCGGCAGUGCCUGCCGGCCGUGGGCGAGAGCGAGAGCGGCUGCUGGCUUGCAGGCUGUGUGCGCCCGGCCGUCCGGCGUCAUGGGUGAUCAGGCCUUGAGCUUCCUGAAGGACUUCUUGGCAGGUGGCAUCGCCGCCGCCGUCUCCAAGACCGCGGUCGCCCCCAUCGAGAGGGUGAAGCUGCUGCUCCAGGUCCAACAUGCCAGCAAACAGAUCAGUGCUGAGAAACAGUACAAAGGGAUCAUUGAUUGCGUGGUGAGAAUCCCCAAGGAGCAGGGUUUCCUCUCCUUCUGGAGGGGUAACCUGGCCAACGUGAUCCGAUACUUCCCCACUCAAGCUCUCAACUUCGCCUUCAAGGACAAGUACAAGCAGAUCUUCCUGGGGGGUGUGGAUCGACAUAAGCAGUUCUGGCGCUACUUUGCCGGUAACCUGGCUUCCGGUGGAGCAGCUGGGGCCACCUCGCUCUGCUUUGUCUACCCGCUGGACUUUGCUAGGACCAGGUUGGCUGCCGAUGUGGGCAAAAGUGCAGACCAGCGUGAGUUCACGGGUCUAGGCAACUGUAUCACCAAGAUCUUCAAGUCCGAUGGCCUGAGGGGUCUCUACCAGGGUUUCAACGUCUCUGUCCAGGGCAUCAUAAUCUACAGGGCUGCCUACUUCGGAGUCUAUGAUACUGCCAAGGGGAUGCUGCCUGACCCCAAGAACGUGCACAUUAUCGUGAGCUGGAUGAUUGCCCAGACCGUGACUGCGGUGGCGGGGCUGGUGUCCUACCCCUUUGACACUGUGCGCCGUAGGAUGAUGAUGCAGUCUGGACGGAAAGGGGCUGAUAUUAUGUACAAGGGGACAAUUGACUGCUGGAGGAAGAUUGCAAAAGAUGAAGGAGCCAAGGCUUUCUUCAAAGGUGCCUGGUCCAAUGUACUGAGAGGCAUGGGUGGUGCUUUUGUAUUGGUAUUGUAUGAUGAGAUCAAAAAAUUUGUCUAAUGCAGUUAAAACUCAAGUUCACUGCCUUACAGUGAACUUGGUACACAAGUUCACAGAUUCAUUGUGUGGUUUAAUAGACUAUUCCUGCAGAAGGAGAAAAGCAGAUCUGGGAUAAAACCAGACAAAAAAGGAAUACCUCAGGCAAAAAAAAAAAAAAAAAAAAAAAAAAAAAAGCUUCAUUGAGUGUUCAUUAAACCACAAAUGUAUUUUGUAUUUAUUUUACAUUUAAAUUCCCUCAGCAAAUGGAAAAUAACUUACAAUACUUGUACAAUUAACCGAAGAGCUGAUAGUGAAGAAAUAACUGAAUGUGAAUCAUCAAUAAAGAUCACUUACUGCA